ACAGCACUGAGACACACCCAUGCAUAUAGCUGAAAGUCACACAGUGAGUUCCCAGAUUGUGGUCCAUUUCUUGCAAGUCGUGAUUUAUCAAUGUGAAAAAACAAGCACUUACUUGCAUAGCACCAUUGCUUCAUAUCCUCCUUUCUUCCAGCAUUGCAGCAGUAAAGCUUCACUCACACACAAUGGACCAACGUCUGUGAUAUGAAUGGUUGCCAACAGAAGGAUGUAGCAAAUGGAUGUAAAGAAGAAAAAAGACUCCCACACUCGAACACCUGGUCGAGUGAAGGUGUUUUCACUUGUUACUGGUCAAACCUUUGGUGCUGAUGUGACCAUCCUGAAGAAAGUGAAGAACUACAGAGGGAUCACUGUGGAGGAGACCAAUCACUGGGACCAAUGUGACGUCAUCAUCGUCUUCUGUCCAAUCAGUAAUCGUCCUGGUUCAGAUGUGCAGGACGCCAUGAGCAGAGUUCAAGGUGACUCACCUGUCAUCCUGGUCCUGAUGCAUCACACCCGAAAACUAGAUCAUACACCUGGAACAACAAACUGGUCUAAGACCUACCCACAGGUUCUGCUGGACGUUAACAUUCUCUUCCACGACAGUGUACCAGGAUUACUGCAGUGUGAGAGAAAUGAGAGUUCAGUCCAACAGAUACACAGAGAGUUAAUGAAACACAGAAGAAGUCAGGAGAGAGGAGAUGUGGAUGAGCACAAAACUGAAGGCAGCUUGAGGCCCAAGUGCUGCUCCAUCCUGUAGAGGACCCCUCUCACUCACUGAAAGAGACUGAAAUCAGAAACAUGAAGUGAAUGAAGCUCUGUGGACUGAUCAGGGUUGUAGGUGCAGGUGAUCACAUGUGUGUCAGCUUGGUGAGACCACACCUAUUCCUCACCUGAGACUGACAGACUAGUUAAACCUGCAGAGACCACACCUCCUGUGUACACCUGUUCUCUACCUGGUUCCAUAAAGACCAGUUAAACCUGCAGACUGGACUCAGAGCCCGUCAUCAAGUCUUCAGACCCCACUGAGGAAUCCUCACUGAUGAAAGAUGAGAGUCAAGACUCGCCCUCUUCUCAGGAGCCAUCAAGUCAAACACUGUAAAAAACAGGGACAGUUCAGAGCAAAGUACCCAGCAGGACAACCAGCCAGUGAAAGAUGAAGGUAUGCCACUAAAACGAAAGAAAGAAAACCCAGAGACACAGUCUUCAGCUCCCAGUGAGGAAUCCUCACCGAUGAACUCUCAGGAGUCCCCAUGUCAAGGAUUGUCACAAGCCUCCAAUGAGGAAUCCUCACUGAUGGAUGAGAACAAAGCAGACCCCUCCCCUACUCAGGAAUCAUCAAAUGAAGAGCAGAGAUAUCAGCUUCACUUAAACACAAUGGACCAACAGCAACCGACUUCUAUCCCAGAGGAACUGAGAGCGUUGUUUCCUCCUGACCUGUUAAAGGCUGCCUACAGUCUGGUUGAGGACUACAGGAGGAUGGACCCAUUCAACACAAAUCUUCGUGAAUUUUUCAAUCUUUUGACAGAGUUCACCAUCAAAAUAAAGAAGAAAAAAGACUCCCACACUCGAACACCUGGUCGAGUGAAGGUGUUUUCACUUGUUACUGGUCAAACCUGUGGUGCUGAUGAAGCCAUCCUGAAGAAAGUGAAGAACUACAGAGGAUCACCGUGGAGGAGACCAAUCACUGGGACUAUGACAAACAUGCAGUCCAGAAAAUACACAGAGAGUUAAUGAAACAAGGAGGAAGCCAGGAGAGUGGAGAUGGAGAGUCAUGGUGGUUUAGGAUUUUUCAGAGAAGAUAAUCAGUGAAGCAGUUUUGGCAGAAGUGGGAAAGAUGACAUUAAAGUCUAAAGACUAAAUGAAAAUAGAUUUACAGCUUCAUUAUAUUUGACUCCCUCCUCUUGGUGAAAGUGAUGACCCUCUGAUAACGUCCUGAUUCAGCUGCUGUAAUGAUCUGAUGAAUGUUGUAGAGAAGAAUUAAAAAGCCAGCUCUAAAUCCAUCUCAGGUUACAGUUAGUUACAGGUCACAGGUCAGAUUCACCACCACUGCUCCUACUGGACAAUCUGUUCACGUCAAACUUCCUCCGUCAAAAUGACUGGGACAGUUUGUGUUGAUGUGACAUUUAAAGGAAUAGUUCAGCACUUCAGGAAAUCACCUUAUCCUCUGUGAGGUGGUUGUGUUAUUGUGAGAAGGUGAACAUUAACAUCAUGUCUGUGUGUUGGGAUGAGGAUGUGAUUAUCUGAGCUCUCAGCUGGUCUGAACAGGAGCUGCUGGACUCCUGUGUUCAGGUCUCUCAGGUUUCUCAUGGCUUCUGUCUCUGUGCUGUACUGUCUUAAACUCACAGUAAUGUUUCAUUCUGUCUUUUCUUUUGCUUCUCACGUCACUGAAUCUGUGUUAAACAGCCUUUGUUAAGAUUUCUCAGGUUGUCACUUUGAUUUGAAUUCAUUGUUGUAUAUUGUGGUUCCUGCUUUAAAAAGGUUGUGUCCUAAAAUUCAGUACAAACA